AUGUCCAAGCAGCGCACCGUCCUUAUCACUGGCUGCUCAGAAGGUGGAGCCGGCCAUGCCCUCGCUCUCGAGUUCGCAGCUCAGGGAUUUCGAGUCUUUGCUACCGCUCGAUCCACAAAGUCGCUGGCCCUGCUCCAGGAGAAAGGCAUCGAGACCCUGACGCUUGACGUGACCCGGCUGGAAAGCAUAUCCGCCCUUAAGACCGAGAUCACCAGGCGGACUGGGGGGAAGCUAGACGUCUUGUUUAACAACGCUGGCAUGAUGUACGAGGCUCCGGCGAUUGAAGCCGACCAGGAUCAAGUCCGGGAUAUGUUCAACACCAAUGUCUUUGGCCUGUUCGAUAUGGUCCGGGCCUUUACGCCCCUCCUCCUCGCCUCGGUCGCAGGCUCGACCACACCGCCUACCAUCAUCAACACUGCGUCGGUUGUAGCCCGGCUCCCUUAUGUAUAUGCUGCCCAGUAUAACGCCUCCAAGGCGGCUGUGUCCUCCUAUUCCGACACGCUGAGGAUCGAGCUAGCCCCUCUGGGCAUCAAGGUGGUUACUCUGUUUAUGGGAAUGGUAUCAACGAAACUCACGGCGCCCGACAAGGCGCAAUUCGCUCCAGACAGUCUUUUCAUCGAUGGUGAAUCGGGCCUCAAGGAGAGGUCCAGGCUUCAUCUGCGAGACGGUAUGAAGCCCGAAGAGUUUGCGCGACUGGUGGUGCAGCAUGUCCUGAGGAAGAAGCCGGCCCUCGGUGAGGGAGAGUAUAUAUGGCAGGGAGCAAAUGCGUAUGUUGUGUGGCUUCUCAAUGCGGUCGGAUGGAGGAAGAUUUUCGAUGGCACGGUCGAAGGAGGCGUGGGCCUAACUAAGGAGGUGAAGCGUGCCAUCUUCAAGAGAGGUCAAGCCAGCCUACCCUAG